GGGCUUGUGUGCAAUGUGACGUCCCUCUUGUAAUCCUCUUCAAACUUUGAGCAACAGUUAGUCCAUUCAAAGUUGUUAGUUGUGGCUUUCCUCACUUACUUUCUUUAAAAAACAAAACAAAAAAACAACCCUUGAAUAUCAUACAAAGAGUUCACAGUAACUGUCCUGCCACCUCCCAUCUUGUCAUCACAAUGCCUCAUCGCCACUGCGCUGUGGAGAUCCACAACAAUUCAAACGGCUACACUCUGUCCAACCCAAGGGUGUUCACAGACAGUGGCCACUGCGAGGUCCCUUUGCCAGACAUGGUCGGCCCCUGCUCGGUCGUGCGUGCGCUGUUCAACAAGACCACCGGCACCGCAACUGGCUCUGUCGGCGUCUUCACCUAUGACCUUUUUAACGCCGACUUGAAUGACUGCAGCCACAUCGCCGCAGUCAUGUUCUCCGUGCCUUACGACCGGAUCCUGUACUGCAACUGGUGUGCAGUGGGGAUCUUUAACAAAGGAACAAGCUGUGACUUCGAUCUCUAUAACCUUAUGUAUAAUGGAAAUGAAAAAAAGUUUGCCAGAGGAAAGGCUGACAAGGCCUGCGUUUCUUAUGAGGGUGACUAUGUCAUCAUUAGCGCCUCCAUGUCAGAUUCAGGUGAAGCAGUCCUGAGAGUUGACAUCAGUGACACUGGACUGUAAGUUGCAAUACUUUUAUGUCAAACAAAUGAAAUGAUCACAAAAAAGAAAAUGCUGUCUCACAUAUGAUUUUAAAAAAACUGUGAUUCCUCAAUAAAAAUGGGUUUUUAA